AUGGUUCCACGACCAAGACAUGAUGUCUCAGCAUAUGCUGACCCACUAAUCUCUGAAAGAGCUAUCGAUGAGCCGCGUCCGCUGAAGGUGAUAUACAUCGGGGCUGGUGUUUCAGGUAUUACUGCGGCAAUCGUCUUUCCAAGAUAUGUGCCGAACAUUGAGCUCAUCAUAUACGAGAAGAACGCAGAUGUUGGAGGAACGUGGUUUGAGAAUCGGUAUCCAGGAUGCGCCUGUGACAUUCCAGCACAUUCAUACCAGCUAAGCUUCGAGUCCAAGAUCGACUGGACACAAUUCUAUGCUACGCAGCCCGAGAUCUUGACAUAUUGGCAACGAGUUGCUGACAAGUACGACGUUCGUCGGAUCAUGAAGUUCAACCACCGCUGUGCAGGAGCUAGAUGGGAUGAAAACACCUCAAAGUGGCACAUCACCAUCCAGAAAAUAGAUAGCCAAGGAAAUGUUCUCGACGAAUUCGAGGAUGUGGGCGAUGUCUUCAUGACCGCGACUGGAGCACUGAAUCAGUGGAAAUGGCCUGACAUCCAGGGGUUGAAAGACUUCAAGGGUACUUUGGCCCAUAGCGCAAAUUGGCCUGUUGGUUUCGACGCUACAGGCAAGGAUAUUGCCGUGAUUGGUGCUGGUAGUUCUGGCAUUCAGAUUGUGCCUACGCUGCAGAAGAAGGUGAAGCACAUGGACCACUACGUACGAGGUCGGACCUGGAUUGCGGCGUCCUUUGGACACGAGCUAGUAGAAGCACGGAACGAUGGUCAGGACGGUAACUUCACCUACACAGAAGAAGAGAAGGAGCAGUGGCGAAAGGAUCCAGCAAGUUAUGUCAAGUAUCGAAAAGCAUUGGAGUGCGGCAUGCAAGGCGGCUAUUCCAUUACCCAUAGAGGUACGAAAGAGCAUGAAGAGGCUUGGGGUCAUUUUGAGCAAGGCAUGCGAAAUCGACUCAAAAAGAAACCAGAAGUGGCAGAACAUCUCAUUCCUAGCUUUCCACCACUCUGCAAACGAUUGACCCCAGGUCCUGGAUACCUCGAAGCACUAUGUGCAGAUAACGUCUCGGUUAUUCAAACAGCAAUAUCCCACAUCGACGAGACUGGUAUCAUCACAAGCGACGGCAAAAAUCGACCAGUAGAUGCUAUUGUCUGCGCUACCGGUUUCGAUACCUCAUUCCAAGGUCGCUUUCCUGUCAUCGGACGAAACGGACAGAACUUGCAAGACCGGUAUCGAGCAAGAGCAGAAACGUAUCUGAGCAUUGGUACAGAUAACUUUCCUAACUACUUCCAAAGCCUAGGUCCAAAUUCAGGCGUCGGAAAUGGUAACCUAUUGAUGAUCAUCGAAGCUGUUCAAGACUAUGUCGGCCAGAUAUUACGCAAAAUGGCAACGGGCCAUAUCCGAACCAUCGAACCAAAGGCCAAGGCCGUCAAGAACUUCACGGACUACUGUGAUGCCUUUUUCAAGAGAACUGUAUUCUCAGCUGAAUGUGGAUCGUGGUACAAAUCCAGCCCUCCAUGGGUGACUGAUCCCGAAGAACGCAAACGCGGCCGCGUCAGCGCUAUCUGGCCCGGCAGUUCUAUACACGCUAUCAAAGCUCUAAGUGCACCACGCUGGGAAGACUUCGAGAUGACGACUGUCGACGACAAUGAAUUCGGCUGGUUCGGCGACGGCUGGGGAAUAGCUGAGCGCAACCAAGAUCUCGAAGGCUUGAGCUGGUACCUCAACGAUACCAAGUUUACGCAUGAGGACUUGAAGGUUGAGACGAAGGCUGAGGAGGUGAGUAGUGAGCAGAAGCUGUCUGAUGGGGACUUACACAAGGACAAGGCAGGGGUCAUGCAUGUAGAGAUAGCGGAUGGGCUCUUGAACUUCAAUCUCCCAGAUGUGGUCAGCCAUACUGGCUGCAUCGUGCCUCAUACCAGCCAUGUGAAAUGCCGAUGGCAAGACCUGACUCCGAACCCAAGACCGUACGAGAAAUAA